AUGGAGCACUGGGACUCUCUGGGAUUCUUGAUUGUCACACUCAACUAUAAUGUGACUGUUGUGGGAAAGAUCUGGCUAAUGUUAGUAAUUCUGCUGCGAAUGGCAGUGGUAGUGUUAGCAGGCUAUCCACUCUACCAAGACGAGCAGGAGCGCUUCAUCUGCAACACCCUGCAACCAGGAUGCUCCAAUGUCUGCUAUGAUUUGUUCUCUCCUGUAUCUCACUUUAGAUUCUGGCUCAUUCAGACUGUGUCUAUCCUGCUACCUUAUGCUGCAUUCAGCAUUUAUGUUCUGCACAAAGUAGCUAUGUACAUUGUAAGAAUGCACAGUUUGGCACAUGGAUGCAAAGGGAAUAAGGGUUUAGCAAGCCUCAAAGACCUGAAGGAGCCCUGUAGAAGUGCUGUUGUCAAUAGAUCAGGUUGUGGUGCAGACACCCUACGUGUCCUUAAUUUUUCUGGGGCAUAUGCUGUUCAUCUUCUUUUUAGGACACUACUUGAGGCUGCCUUUGCAGCUGUGCAAUAUUUCCUCUUUGGAUUUUUUGUUCCUGAGCGCUUUUCCUGCUACCAUUCACCUUGCACAAGUGCAGUUGACUGUUAUAUCUCUCGUCCCACUGAGAAAUCCAUCAUGAUGAUUUUCAUCUGGGGAGUCAGCAGCCUAACCUUUCUGCUUAGCCUCGCCGAUCUUUUCUGUGCUCUCCGCAGAAUCACAGCAAGAAACCAAAAGAACAAGCUGCUGCCAAACCUCCAUGAAGAGAAUGAGUGCAUUUUAAACCUUCCCCCAGAACAGCAUGGUAGCUCUUCUCCACCUCAGAAUCAAGACUGUCCAGUAUCAAAUAGCAGCCAGACCAGUGAUGGCUCCUGCUCACUUCUCUCUGAAGAGGAAGAGGCUGUUCUUCAUCCUGAAGUGGUGUCUCAGCAAACUGCUAGCGCUAACCUUAACAGCAACAGCAAUAAGCCUUGUAUAUCAGGAGAUCUUGCUAUUAAGCAAGAUAGCGCUGAAGAACCCUUGUGUGCUAGUGAUCACCAAGGAACUACAUGUGGGCAAGUGAGACCCAGGCUUCAGCAAGACUUCAUUAAAGAUGCCCUGAGUUUGAGACCUCAGAUCAAGUCUCACCUUGGAGUUUCUUCCUCUGUAGUUCAGAGCAAGCUUUUAGGAUACUACCCUUCAGCUGAGCUAAAGAACCCUGAUGCACAAUCAAAUUAUAGCAGUACCAGUUGCUUGAGGUCAAAAAAGUCAGAAUGGGUGUAG